AGCAAAGAAAUACUACAUGGAAUUUUUUCCCCCUGUGAAUUUGUGUUCUCUUAGUGCUACUGAAAUUUGUAAUCGGACACUUUUUAUAAAAAGGUUUUGUUUUUAAUUGGGGUAAUUUCAUGGGGAUGAAGGCAUUACACAUAUACCUUCUCUGAUUCAUUCGCAUUAAGUUGUUCCUGGUACCAGACAUUCAAGGAAUAGCUUGAGCAUGGCAAGUUCCGUUAACUUAAACCAGAGAGAAAUGAGGUGGGUGCUUUAUGACUCAUUUUAAGUAUUCCCCAAAGUAGACACUAGCAAAUUGUGAAAAUGGGACGAGAAGUUUUCCCCCAACACUUGAACAUUGAGUGAACAAGGAUUUAAACGAUGCAUGCCGGAAUGUACCCUUGUCACAGGGAUGUGUGUGGUGUUUUUUUUUUUUUUUUUUUAAAGGGGGAAAGUAAUUUAACAGUAGUUAAGGCAAUAUUCCAACUGAAAUACUAAGUUCAAUUCAUCAUGUAGAUUUAGACUGACCUGAUUGCAUUUCUUCCUGCUGGCAAAAUCCACUGGAUAUUUAUUUUCAGCAUGCCCUGCCCUUCAGCCAUAGUGGGGCACAACCAUUCCGUAUUGAUAGGUGGGUAGGAAGAGAGGAUGAGAUGGAGCAGCAUCGUCAGAACGUGUGGUCGAGUGAGUGAUGAGGGAACCCGUUAUUACUCUCCAGCAAACAAAGACAUAAUUGAGCUCUUCUAUUUAUAUCCAAAUUGAACUACUACAAACAGUCGUUGGGAUUGUUCGCUAUAGAAUUUAAUAGCAGUUUUUAUUUACAAAAUGGAAUUUAAACACCAGGAAGUUGUUGAGGAAUUGACGUCUGAGGGACAAUGCAACACAAUUAAACUACGCUCUUGCAGAAUAUCUUGGAGUCAAAGCCAGCAGGUGGGGAACCCUCGUGUGGAGCUCACUCUUUCUGAGCUGCAGGAGAUGGCCACUCGACAACAGCAGCAAAUCGAGGCCCAGCAACAGAUGCUCGUCGCCAAGGAGCAGCGUCUGCGCUACCUGAAACAGCAGGAGCGCCGGCAGCAGCAGACCGUGUCGGAGGCGGAGAAGCUGCAGCGGCUCAAGGAGCGCAUGGAGAGCCAGGAGUCCAAGCUCAAGAAGAUCCGCACCAUGAGGGGCCAGGUGGACUACAGCAAAGUCAUCAACGGCAACCUGUCAGCGGAGAUCGAGCACAUCAGCGGGCUGUUCCAGGAGAAGCAGGCGGAGCUGCAGACGGCGGUGCUGCGGGUGGAGCAGCUGAGUCAGCAGCUGGACGAGCUCCGCCGCGGCAAAUUCAACGGCCUGCAGGGCCUCAGCGGACAGCUUACCGGCACCGCCGCGCUCGAACUGCGCAAGCUCUACCAGGAGCUGCAGAUCCGCAACAAGCUGAACCAGGAGCAGAACAGCAAGCUGCAGCAGCAGAAGGAUCUGCUGAACAAGCGCAACAUGGAGGUGACGCUGAUGGACAAGCGCAUCACCGAGCUGCGCGACCGCCUCUACAAGAAAAAAGCUGAGGCACGUCAAAAAGAGAACGUGCCACUGAACCGGACCAACGGGCCUCCCUCUCCCCAGCCGGCACCAGGCAAUUUGGGUCGCGUGGCUGCGGUGGGGCCCUACAUCCAGGUCCCGGUUCCCGGGCGACAAGAAGGGGGAUACAUGGUACCGCCAGACCCCCUCAAACCACAGUCUCUGGGCGUCAACUCCCCAGCCAACCACCCCCGCACCAAAUCAGACGGUGUGAGAAAGCCGCCUGGCCCCUGGAAGGUGUCUGAUUUAGACAUCAUAGUGGACCCGGUCCAGCCGACCCCUCCAGAGCCCCGGCCUGGGGGCCCCGGGGCCCCUUCCUCCUCCUUCUCCUCUUCCUCCUCUUCCUCUUCCUCCUCCUGCAUGGCGGGGCCGGACGGAGCCUCUCCUAAUGAUGCCGGGUGGCCCACCAUUGGCAAAGGCAACGCCUCCCUCAAGCCCCCCGACUGGAAGGAGUCUAGAGGGGAUGUACCUGGCAAGACCCCCUCCCCCACCAGCACUCCUGCUGACAAGUCUCAGGACGGCAGUAAACCCGCUCCCCCCAUCUCCAAGCCCCAGCCCCCUCCAUACGGCGCCCACACCAGCAGUCACCCCAGCAGUCACCCCAUCAUCACCGGCGGCAGCGCAGGCGUCCUCUCCUCCUCCAACUCCGGCUCCACCAGCUCCCUGGAGCUCCGCAAGGACGUCAUCCCUACCCGACCGGGCCCCAGCGCCUCUCCCGCCGCCUCCGGCCCGCCUGGCGGCCCGCCCCCGCUCCCCGCUUGGCCACGCACGGGCCCCACGCAGGGCUCGUCUUCUCAGCAGAUCCAGCAGCGCAUCUCGGUGCCGCCCAGCCCCACCUUCCAGCCCAGCUCGCCCCUCUUCCCGCCCGGAGACCGGCCCGACCCCCUGCUGGCCGCGGCGGUGCGCCCCUUCAUCCCGGACAAGGGCUCGAGACCCCAGUCGCCCCGUAAAGGACCGGCCACCAUGAACUCCAGCUCCAUCUACCACAUGUACCUGCAGCAGGCUGGCCCCAAGUACAGCAAGCCCGCAGUCAAAGCAGUCUACGGGAAGCCUGUUCUGCACCCCAGCUCCACUCCUCCCUCCCCUCUCCCCUUCAUCCAGACCAUGGGCCACUUCCCCGGCCUCCUGGGUGGCCCCGGUGAAGACAUGCCCGACGGCGACGCCGAGCUCCCUCCCCUGAUGGGGCCCGGCGAGCCCUCUGGGCCCCUGCCCAUCGUGGACCACAUCCCUCGGCCCCUGAGCCCCACCAAGCUGACGCCUAUGGUGCACUCGCCGCUGCGUUACCAGAGCGACGUGGAGCUGGAGGCGCUGCGCAAGAAGCUGGCCAACGCGCCACGGCCCCUCAAGAAGCGUAGCUCCAUCACGGAGCCCGAGGGCCCCAGCGGCCCCAACAUCCAGAAGCUGCUCUACCAGCGCUUCAACACACUGGCUGGGGGCAUGGAGGGGGUGAUCCCAGCUCCAGCGGGCACGCCGUUCUACCAGCCCGCCGCUGUCACCGCGGCAACAGGCCAGGGCGAUGCAGACAAUGGGAACGCUCCCUCAGAGGCGCCCGCGGGCACUGUGGUCGCUGUUGCCACUGUCGCCGCGGGGACGGUGGCUGAGACGACGACGCUGCCGCAUGGAGAUGCAAACGACAACCAGCCUGCGGUGGUGAGGCCUGCGAACGAGCUCCAGGUGCUGCCCGCUCCGGCAGUGGCAGAAGACGACAACACCAACAACAACACCCAGGCGCCCACGCCCGCCGUCACCACCCUGCCGAGCCCCGUAGUGGAGGCCCCCUCACCUGAGGAGUCGACCACUUCCCCCUCUGCAUCCACGGAGAAGCGCAGUAACCUGAGGAAGCCCGACUCUGAGAGGGCGGGCUCCGGCCAACGUGUCAAGUUCCACCCCCUCGCCCUGCUGCUGGACGCCUCGCUGGAGGGAGAGUUUGACCUGGUGCAGAGAAUCAUUUACGAGGUGGAGAACCCCAGCAAGCCUAACGAUGAGGGAAUCACACCUCUACACAACUCUGUGUGUGCUGGACACCACCACAUUGUCAAGUUUCUGCUGGACUUUGGCGUCAAUGUCAACGCAGCCGACAGCGAUGGCUGGACGCCGCUGCACUGUGCGGCUUCGUGUAACAGCGUCCACCUCUGCAAGCUGCUGGUGGAGUCGGGAGCCGCCAUCUUCGCCACCACCAUCAGCGACGUGGAGACGGCCGCAGACAAGUGUGAGGAGAUGGAGGAGGGCUUCAUCCAGUGCUCACAGUUCCUCUACGGCGUGCAGGAGAAGCUGGGCGUGAUGAACAAGGGCACGGUGUACGCGCUGUGGGAGUACGAGGCCCAGGACGCUGACGAGCUCUCCUUCCACGAGGGCGACCCCAUCACCAUCCUGCGGCGCAAGGACGACAGCGAGACCGACUGGUGGUGGGGACGCCUCAACGACAAAGAGGGCUACGUGCCCCGCAACCUGAUCGGGUUGUAUCCCAGAAUAAAGCCACGUCAGCGCUCCCUGGCGUAGCGCCGCCCGACCCCCCACCCCACCCUCCCUCUGGACUCCUGCGUCUGUUCCCAGGCGAUGAACUGGAUUUUUGGGUAUUAGGCUCGGCCCUGGAUGAGACAAGCUGCUGGCCCACCCUGAGAACCCCCUGCCCUACCCCACCCUUGCCUCAGCCACACAGGGGGGGCCCCAAGCUGCUACCGCCCAGAGUCACCCAGCGGGGAAGACUAUCAACAACACUCCAUGUGAUCAUCUCACUCCACCUCACACACACACACACAUAGAUACAUACUACAGGCAAAUCAAGCAAGCUAAGAAUAAGUUCACCUCUCGUGUUCGCCCCCCACCGCAUCUCCACCAGGCCCUGCUAGUCCUGUCAACCCACCCAGCCACAGACUUUAUAUUUCACCUUUCAUGUUGCGUGUCGAAAGGCAAAGACUAAAACAAAAACGCACGCUUCUCGGAGUGAAUCGAAGUGAGGCAAAACUGAAGAUUUAGUUUUUUUGUUUGUUUGUUUUUCAUUAUCUCCUCCUCUCUCUGUCACACACUGGUGAGGCACUUUGAUUCCAGUGCAGAGCGCAUGUGUUGGCGUUCAGUGCUGUGUGAUGCUUUCUUCGUUUUUUUAUCAUUUUAUGUGUUUAGGAGUUUGUUUGAGCUAGUUUGUGCAUCGACUCAGUUUUUAUUCGCUCACCAAAAUAAGUUAAUGAGACCAAGUGAGAUGCAUUUUGAGUGCUGUGUUUUCAGAAGAGUGGGUCUCUGAAAGACGACCGUGACAGACGACCGUGCGUGCAUGUGUGGUAGCUAACUUGGAGUGUGUGUGUGUUGAAAAAGCAUUAAAGCUAUGUUGUGUUUGGAGAAAGGGACAGAAAAAGCCUGCAAAGCUUCAUGGGAAGUGUUUACUUGGACAAAAUGAUUGAUGAGAUGAGUGUUUUGGGUGUGUGUGUGAAUUGUGUGUGGCUUUUCAGUUUUUCUUAACAGGUUUCUUAUCAGUUUUAAAUGUGUAACGUAUGUGUGUGGUGUCUGCAUACCACAUGAAAGAUGUGUCCUUUUGGAACACUGACAGAAGGACUCGUUUUGUGUAAAAAGCUUGAGAGUCAGGGAUUCUGUCAACACCUACAGUAUUUUGACUGCAAGCAGGGAGUGUACGGUCUAGUGUACACUCAGCCCCAUUAUAAUAGUUAGCCUUCAGAGGACACUGCGUGCGUGUGGAAGUGUGAUAGUGUGUGUGUGUGUGUGGUUGAACUAAUGGAGCACUUGAGGAUCAAAUGCCACUGGAAGCUUUUCUAUACAAACUGACUUGAAGGUUCACCCUUCAUGUUGUAUUUACAUGCUUUAUUUUACUUUUUUUUUUUAAAUGUUGCAUUACAUUACAUUACACCCCCCACCCCUCCACACUCGUUUCAAGUCUUGUGACAUGAGAUUUGUACCCUGCCUGUCUGGCAGCAAAGAGCUUUACUGUGGAGUUCUCCUGUAGAUACUGUGAUAAAGUUUUGACAGGCAACUUGUUUUUGACAUUUUUUUUCUGCUGUAACUUUACUGCCCUGUGGGGUUCUGGUUGGCAUAAGAAUACAGUACCUCACACAACCUGUUAUAUAUAUGUGCACAAUAAAAAACAGUUCCGGCAUGA